AAGCGGUAGGUUGCCAUGGAAACGCGUUGAGACGGGAUUUCUGAGAAAACGCGCGGAAGGGGUGGAGUUGAGGCGGGAGAAGUGGUAAUGUGACCUCUGACUGGUGGAGAGAUGCCUUACGGUGUAUUCCGAUUGGUUUUACACAGACACAUGCGCAGUAGAACCAGAAGGCCUUCCAAAGAGGCUAGAACGGUGGGGAGGGGGAUGAGUAAUGACGGAAUAAUCCCCAUUCCGUCUGGAAUCAGAGGGCGGGCCUGCCGCGGAGGCCUCUGGGAAAUGGAGUUCCCAGGUAGGCGAAGCCCAGGGGCCGUCGGGAAGUCCGCGGCGCCUGCGCGGACGCCACAGGCUCAGGAUGCGCGCGCAGCGCUCUCUGCCCUGCGGAAGUUUUCGCGGGGCAACCGAGAAGGUCGCUGUCAAAAUGGAGUUUCCAGCCCAGUAAAUCCAAGGGCCAGACCGUGACCUCAUAAAGCAUGAUCUCCUUCUGUCCAGACUGUGGCAAAAGUAUCCAAGCGGCAUUCAAGUUCUGCCCCUACUGUGGAAAUUCUCUGCCCACAGAGGAGGAGCAUGUGGGGUCCGAAACCCCUGUCAGUUCGCGUGUGUCAUCCUUCCGAGGCUCAAAGAGAGGGCUGAACUCCAGUUUUGAAACCUCUCCUAAGAAAGUGAAAUGGUCCAGCACUGUCACCUCUCCCCGAUUGUCCCUCUUCUCAGAUGGUGACAGUUCUGAGUCUGAAGAUACUCUGAGUUCCUCUGAGAGAUCCAAAGGCUCCGGGAGCAGACCCCCAACCCCCAAAAGCAGCCCUCAGAAGACCAGGAAGAGCCCUCAGAAGACCAGCUGCAGCCCUCAGAAGACCAAGCAGAGCCCUCAGAAGACCAGCUGCAGCCCUCAGACACUGAAGCGGAGUCCUCAGACACUGAAGCGGAGCCGGGUGACCACCUCACUUGAAGCUUUGCCCACAGGGACAGUGCUGACAGACAAGAGUGGGCGACAGUGGAAGCUGAAGUUCCUCCAGACCAGGGACGACCAGGGCAUUCUCUAUGAAGCUGCACCCACCUCCGUCCUCACCUGUGACUCAGAACCCCAGAAGCAAAAGUUCUCGCUCAAACUGGAUGCCAAGGAUGGGCGCUUGUUCAAUGAGCAGAACUUCUUCCAGCGGGCCGCCAAGCCUCUGCAAGUCAACAAGUGGAAGAAGCUGUACUCGACCCCGCGACUGGCUAUCCCUACCUGCAUGGGUUUUGGUGUUCACCAGGACAAAUACAGGUUCUUGGUGUUACCCAGCCUGGGGAGGAGCCUUCAGUCGGCCCUGGAUGUCAGCCCAGAGCAUGUGCUGUCAGAGAGGUCUGUGCUACAGGUGGCCUGCCGGCUGCUGGAUGCCCUGGAGUUCCUCCAUGAGAAUGAGUAUGUUCAUGGAAAUGUGACAGCUGAAAAUAUCUUUGUGGAUCCAGAGGACCGGAGUCAGGUGACCUUGGCAGGCUAUGGCUUCGCCUUCCGCUAUUGCCCGAGUGGCAAACACGUGGCCUAUGUGGAAGGCAGCAGGAGCCCUCACGAGGGAGACCUCGAGUUCAUUAGCAUGGACCUGCACAAGGGAUGCGGGCCCUCCCGCCGCAGCGACCUCCAGAGCCUGGGCUACUGCAUGCUGAAGUGGCUCUACGGGUUUCUGCCAUGGACAAACUGCCUUCCUAACACUGAGGACAUCAUGAAGCAAAAACAGAAGUUUACUGAUAAGCCGGGGCCCUUCGUGGGACCCUGCGGUCAUUGGAUCAGGCCCUCAGAGACCCUGCAGAAUUACCUGAAGGUGGUGAUGGCCCUCAGGUACGAGGAGAAGCCGCCCUACGCCGUGCUGAGGAACAACCUAGAAGCUCUGCUGCAGGAUCUGCGUGUGUCCCCGUAUGACCCCAUUGGCCUCCCGAUGGUGCCCUAGGUGGAAUCCAGAAUUUUCCAUUUGCAGUGUGCAACAGAAAGAAAAAAAAAAAGAAGCAAUGUGACUCAAGGCCUGCUGUUUAAUCACAGAUAAACUUCUAGAACAAGCCCUGGAAUGUGCAUUCCUGCCACUGGUUUCGGGAUACUCAUCAGUCCUGAUUAGCCUCAGGGAGACCCCCCGUUUCCCUCCAGUGAAUGUGAAGUUCCCCGUCUGGGUGGCCUGCCCUUCAGCCAAUGUCCUAGCAAAGCUGGAUGGGGUUGGGCCGGCCCCCAGGGGGGACCCCUGCUACCCUUGACACCUCUGUGCUUUGGUAAUAAAUUUUUUACCAGAGCUUAAGGAA